UAAAGUCAGUGCACACGCUCUCUCUUCUGCCAGACGCUCAAGGAGACGGCAGUGUGUGAGGAGGACCCGCGCGUAUUUACGCUCAGAGCGCGCGCGCGCGUGUGUGUGUAUGUGUGUGUGUGUGUGUGUGCGCAUGUCUCGGGGUAAGGUCGGAGAUCCCCCAGCACGCUGACAGGAGAGCCCCGCUUGUCUGAGAGCGGCAGCCGGCAGCGGGUGAUAAAGCUUUAAGUGAAGAAGAGCAGCGGGAGGAAGAAGAACCGGCGGAGAGCUGCUUCAUCUUGGCUUUUAAACUUGACUGCUCCUCCACGCGCUCUCCCCGGUGCAGAGAAGGAAAGCAAACAAGUUGAUUCCGAAAAAGGGUCGAUUCAGCCAAAGCUGCACUAGACUUAUUUUUUAAAGCAUCCCUCUGGAGCCCCUCUCCCCGUCCCUUCUGAGCGCGCAGUGACAGAAGGAGGGACGGGAGAACCGGGCAGACGGACCGUGAAGCUGCGCGUCUUCCCCGGUGCAGGACCCACUGGAUGCGGGAUGAUGGAUUAACAGCCUAGACUGUGCCGCUUGACGCACGACCUCCUUGUCCACCUCGGGAUUAUUUCAGCUCUCACUGACCCCCCCUCCUUCAAUCUCGAGAUGACCGAGGAAUAUGUUUUGCGGUGCGUCCUGAUGCUCUGCUGCGCGCUUCUCUCGGCCAACGCGAGUAACUGGCUGUACCUCGCCAAGCUGUCAUCAGUGGGGAGCAUCAGGGACGAGGAGACGUGCGAGAGGUUACGAGGCCUGAUCCAGAGACAGGUUCAGAUCUGUAAGCGCAGCGUGGAGGUGAUGGAUGCGGUGCGUCGUGGAGCCCAGCUGGCUAUAGAUGAGUGUCAGUUUCAGUUUCGCAACCGUCGAUGGAACUGCUCCACUCUGGAGUCGAUGCCUGUGUUUGGGAAAGUGGUCACGCAAGGCACCCGUGAAGCAGCCUUUGUGUAUGCCAUCUCAGCAGCCAGUGUGGCGUUUGCGGUCACGAGGGCCUGCAGCAGCGGGGAGCUGGAAAAAUGUGGUUGUGACCACAAUGUACAUGGAGUCAGUCCAGAGGGGUUCCAGUGGUCAGGCUGCAGCGAUAACAUUGCAUAUGGAGUGGCCUUCUCUCAGUCCUUUGUCGAUGUGAGGGAGAGGAGUAAAGGCCAGUCCUCCAGUCGGGCUCUCAUGAAUCUGCACAACAACGAGGCCGGCAGAAAGGCCAUCCUGUCUCACAUGCGCGUGGAGUGCAAAUGCCACGGCGUCUCAGGCUCCUGUGAGGUGAAGACCUGCUGGAAAGCCAUGCCACCAUUUCGCAAGGUGGGCAACAUCAUCAAGGAGAAGUUUGACGGCGCUACCGAGGUAGAGCAGCGGAAGGUGGGCACGACCAAAAUCCUAGUUCCUCGCAAUUCCCAGUUCAAACCUCACACGGAUGAAGACCUGGUCUACCUGGAACCAAGUCCAGAUUUUUGCGAUUACGAUCCACGCACACCAGGGAUGCUGGGCACGGUGGGUCGCCAGUGUAACCGAACAUCCAAGGCCAUCGACGGCUGUGAGCUGAUGUGCUGCGGCCGUGGCUUCCAGACACAGGAGGUGGAGGUGGUGGACAGGUGCAGCUGUAAGUUCCACUGGUGCUGUUACGUCAAAUGCAAACAGUGCCGUAAAAUGGUGGAGAUUCACACGUGCCGGUGAUGGAGGUGGAGGCACAGAGGGAACUGCUGAUAGACAAAAAAAUGCCCCGUACUCCUGAUCGGCUAAAGGAAAGAGGGAGUAGGGACGACUUGUUUAGUUCCUUCAUAUCCUUAAAUCAUCCCAGCCUCCUACUGCUAUUCAACAGACACAGACUGAUUGCCUGAGAGGUCAAAGGUCAUCCGAUCCUUUAUUUUUUUUGCCACCUUAGUGGACAUCAGUAGAUUAGGCAUGGGAUUUCCUAUAAAGCUACAGUCUGUUUGUUUCUUCUCAAGUAGAGAGCAUCUUUCAGUUCCUGACUCGCUCCCUCACGGUCAUAUUUGGUUUGUCAUUGAUCCUUAUUUUUGUAAUGUUUAACUUAUUUGUUGAGAGUUUUGCUGAGGGGGUUGACAGGGGCAGUUAUAGAAGGACUACAGACAAACCGACGAGUGGAGAUUAUCAUGGACAAACUAGACAAACGGCUAGGCAGUUCGGGGGGUUGGGGGUUGUGUUAAGGAGGAGGGUUGUUGGCCGUCAGCCCUUGUUGCUGCUGCUGCUGCUGCUGCUGCUUCAGGGACUCACUUGGAGACAAAAAUGGAGACUGCGAGUCUGUCACAGGACAGGCUCAAACAACAAAGAGGAACACUUUGUGAAUUGCUUUCUGAGUGUACAUGGCUGCGCUGAGGCUCAUUUGCCUCUGAGUCGCUUAUUUUGCCCUCCGCAACACCCUGAUGCUGCUCUACUCACUCAUCCAGUGUCUUCCUACCAACAGGAGGACGAUGACGGACGUACGAAAGCCACUGUCAGCUGUGUCCUGUUUUUUCAGAAGGCAGGUGAUGGGCAUCGGUCAAACAAAACACUCACACCUGCAUUCACCCACAGCUGCUACCCACAAACACACACCAGAAAGCUUCCAUGAAAAACACUUUCUACGUCAGCUUUGGCGCAUGUCCUCAGCAUCACCCUGUGUGCUCGUUUGGGAAUCGAUGCGGGUUCUGACCUUCUGCUGCACGCUGCCAUCUGCCAAAUGCUAGUCAGCUUAAUGCAAACAACACACAUUCAAGUUAAUACACAGUGACAUCCAUGCAUUUCCAAACAGACAUAAUGUAAAUACACAUUCAGACAUACAAAGAAAGGGGUCUGCCAGAGGGUUGCCGAGCAUGUUCAUCACACAUGAUGACUGAAGCACUUUCUCUCCAAGCGCACAUAGAGCCCUCGCCCUACAGCAACAAACACAAAAUCACAUAACCAAGUGUUCCCUGUUCCUUUCCUAACACGCACACACACACACACUACACACACACAGUUUCCCAUGCCACUUUCAGGACUCUACUGUCAUCUUGUACCACCAUCAUAAAGCCAAGCUUUCCUAUAAUAACUUACUAUCAUCAUAGAGACAUACUGUAGAUCUGUAAAGACUUAUACACUGAAGACUAUACUGCCUAUGAAUGUAUGUUAAUAAUGAAUAUAUGCUGUGUCAAAAAAAGGCUUUUGUCGCUUUUUGUUAUAAAACACGUGUGUGUGUGUGUGUGUGUGUGUGUGUGUGUGGGAGAGAGAGAGAGAGAGGCAGAUAUAAUGGACAAGAAGAUGGAAAGUAAAAGAGUCUCCACCACCAACUCCAAACACACAUACACAGAGCUCUGCUGACAGACAUACACAUAUUUCAAUAAAAUCACCCAUUUCCCGUGUCUUUCAGCUGCAUUAUUAUGUGGCCACAGUUUGCACUGUGCAGUAUUUUGUGUGUGUGCAUGCGUGUGUGUAUGAGUGUGUGAGCAGUACACCCUGAGAUGCUUUCCUGCACCCCUGACACCUAUAAACACAGUUUAUGCACCAUAUAUCAGCACUUAUGCUACAUCAACCAAGGAUGUAUUUCCUGCAGCGUGGGGAAGGCAGUUUUGGGAAGAACCAGAGCAACUGCUCAGAUUUCAAAGCCCGUCUGAUUGGGUUUGGGCUGAAGAAGGAGCACAAGCAGGAACACCAGGCUAGAACAGGGAUUAUAGUGAAAUGCAGACCACAUGGCAUAUGCUUUUUUUUCCUCCUUCUAUCAGUAUCAUGCUACCCAACUGCACCCUUCCAGCUCUGGCUUGCUUGCUCGUUUUUCUCCAAUAUCGUUGACUUAACACUGGUCCCAGUCAGCGCUCCACUCUGCGGAAAACGUAACUCUAACCACUCUCGGAUCUGUCCUUCAUUAAGCCACUGUGAUGGCCCACAUGAGGUAGGUGGUGGUGGCCACACUGAUUGCGAAAGUCUGCAACCAUAUUUGUGUGUGUGU